AUGUCAAGUCGCUCGGGGCGUGCGCUGCAUCUUGCCGUCGGCUGCGCGCCUGUGUGCCACGUGUCAGCACGGCAGUGGUCCCGCCCUCGCCUCCCCCAUCCCGCUGUCUCUCCAUCUCCUCCCUCCCCCAUCCCAUCCGUCUCACCCUCCCCACCUUCUUCUCCCCACCUUCUGCUCCAGGAGCUGCUCAUCGUGCUCCCAGAUUCCCCUCGCACCCCCCACCCCCCUUCCUUUCUAUCCCUCUCGCCGAUCUUAACCCGCUCACCCUCCCCCCAUUUCUCUCCCACCCCCUUCCCGUCCCCUCCCACUCCACCUUCCCCUCCGCCCCCGUCAUUCCCCCUCGCCCAUCCUCUCGUCCGCGUCCUGUGUGCCUUCAACUCCUGCAUCUAUCCCAUUUCUUUCAUCCCUUCCCUCCCUCCCUCCCCUCCGUUCCCUCUCUUCCCUCCAUUCCCUCUCCCUGCGUCCCUUUCGUCCGUGCGUGCAACUGUGCCAUGCCAUCCCAUCUCAGACUGCGAGUUCUCGUUUGACAAAGAGGCGACGACGCUGCAUUGGUACGCGGAUUCAGUUUUUGAGGCGCCUCAAAGCUUGCAUCCCUUCUCUGUGUCCCUUUCGUCCGUGCGUGCAACUCUGCCAUCCCAUCCCAUCCCAGACUGCGAGUUCUCGCUAGACAGAGAAGCAUCGCUGCAUUGGUACGCGGACUUCAACGAAACCCUCUCCUCCUGCGCCAUCGUUGCAGCUGACUCCAUCUCCCUCCUCUCCCACCCCACCCCCAUCCCUCACCUUUCCUCCCCAACGUCUUCCACCCCUACCCCAUCCGCCUCCCCUCCUCCUUCCACUCCUCCUGCUUCUCACUCUCCUCCUCCUUCCACUCCACCUGCUCCCCCUUCUCCCGCUCCUCCUCCUCCUCCGCCUCUCUCGUGCCCCCACCAAGAUACAUCCAUGUCAAACCGCCGACCUUCACGUGUCCCCUCUCUCUCUCGCUCCUCCUCCUCACAAACCCCUCUCUGGGCGCCCCUGUGGGACUGGAUGUCAGCUGCUGGCACGUCUUCUUCACCUAGACAAGGCACCACCACUGCUUCCAGCACAUCCCACCAGCAAGCCACCGCCACGCACACCUCUCCCUCCACUUCUCCAGACUCCACCUCGCCCUCUCAUCCCCCCCAGCACUGCAAUGGGACCUCUCCACUGUCUCCCUGCCACGAGAACGCGCAGGGAGACGCUGUUUCAGCGGGAAGACGGAUGGGGAACAGGCAGCAGCGUGGGGCCGACCGCGGGAAAGGACGGGACAAGGGCAAGGGGAAAGAGAAGGUGGAGCUUAGGAGUGACUCUUCGGUGGAUUCUGGUGAUAGAGGGAACGCAGGGCAGUUGGAGCAGCAGCAGGGCGGGUGCAUUGUGGCCAGACUGGGCUUUUCCCGGGUGGUGGACAUUACAGAUUCCUCCCAGCAGCCUAAUCGGAACGAGCGUCCGGCCGUUGGGAUGCCACCACCUGUCCCACCUCGCUCUCUCGCCUCCAUGACUCGCUUGCUGGCUGCUAGUAGGGGCCCCCCAACGUCCCCCACGUCGUCCUGCUUCCCCACCUCAUCUACCCGGCGUCAACCGUUCCGCCCUCCCCCCAUUCGCCUGACGCCAAACGGCCUUAAGGAGCGCAUUGCAUGGACCAUCAGUGCUGCUGUGGCGGCAUCGGCUCGCCAUGAGCUGCUGAGGCGCAUUGCAAGGCAGCUGCCAGAGCUGAGGCAGGUGGCCAUUGCAGACAUGCAAGGCCAGGGCAGCCUCUCUCUUGGUCCUGAACAGUUGGCCUGCUUACGCAGAGCUGAAGCGGAGAAUGUAUCUGGGGAGCAUUCCAACGCCUAUUCCCCUCGAACCCCGCUUCCGACGCUCAAGAUGCUUCUGUGGCACGCACCUUCACUGUCAGUGGGUGAUAUGGAGCUCACAGGUGCCACCCUAGUCAUCUUGCGGAAUGAAGCAUUGAAGGUCGCGAAAGCUGGUGGUGAGCUGGAAGGGAGCUUGGACUCUGGCACUGCUGACAGCCUACACAGUUCCUCGCAAGAUCAGAUGGGUGGAUUGGAGUGCCGGGGUGAGAUUGCGGAGAGGAGAGAUGCAGAGCAGUGCCUACAAUCGCUUUUGGCAUCGUCCGAUCCACUUCUUCAUGCAAGUUUGGAGCUGUUGCAGCUUUCUCAGACUCAGCGGUUUGAAUUUAGUGCCUUUUAG